UUUUUUUUUGCUAUUUGUUUGGUUUUGACGUGUAACCUAUUACUUUGAUGCUUUCCCUUUAUUUACAAAGAAUUCAAUAAAAAUCUGUUUAGAAUCUCACUAACAAUGUCGAGUGGUCAGUGGGAAGUUGUUGGAAAGAACAAGAAGUCGCAGAAUGGUAAAAUUAAAACUAAAGAAGAUGAGAAAAAGGCUGUGAAAAACGGGCCGAAACUGGAGGAUGUCGUCCCUCAUUCUCAAAUAAAAUCCUUCUACUCCGGCAUGGAGAUUGAUGAAGAAAGGAAGCCGGCAAAAGACAAUAAGAAGAAGGAAGGUGACAAAAAGAAGAAACAGGACAAGAAGAAUGUGGAGCCUCCAAAACCUAAGCCUCCUAAGACCAUUGAGGGAGCCCUUGAAGCUAUAGAUGCAGCAGAGCUGGCCAACAUAAUAACAACAAAUAAAAUCCGUUUCUCCAAUGCCCCUCUUGUUUGGCUGAAGGAGGUCGCAGCAUUCCUUAACUCAAAGAUUCAAAUAGACGUAGAUGACCCUACAUUUGCAUCUCACCCCCAAUUGUAUCCCCUGUCUGCGGCCCCUAAUGAGAUUAGAAAGCUUCUGUCCGAUGUGCUGCAAGAUGCUGGAAAAGCGAAUACUCAGCUGUUCUUUGAUGUUACUCUUACGGCACUUGCAAAUGAUAUGAGCAGAGGUCAAUCUGUGAAUGGCCACAGAUUACUAUUGCAAAUGCUAGCGCAAGACUAUCCAGAGUUCUGUAUCGCAUCUAUACAAAAGAGUGCUAGUCUCCGCAAUUCCUAUCAGAACAGACCACCCAUUGGUCUCUCUUUGCUGUGGGCGUUUGGUCAGGGUGGCAAUAGUGAUUUUGCUGUUGGUCUAAAAGCUUGGCAAGACCUGUUCCUUCCAAUCAUUGAGCUGAAGAACUACUCUAAGUACGUAGUGUGGUACUUGUCGAACCUUUUAGACGAACACGCGACCAUGGAUAGCACUAAAGUGAGCCAAGACCAGCUGUUUGCCAUGAUAGACAUGGUGAACAAUAAGAGAAGUGCACUGCCCAAGGAUCUGUCAAGUGACCUUAUCAAGCAAUUAAGUAAAUAUAAGGAUAUAUAUUUCAAUAAAAGCAAUAAUAAGCUUCAAGUGACCUUCAAUCAGCUAAUGAAGAAGUUGCCCAACCAGUACCUCAGUGGGCCGUCUCUGGACCCAUACCAUAGAGUACUGGUAGACUGCUUGGUGGACUGUCUUGUGAGAGACGACUCAUGCAAUGCAACUUGGAGACAACUCUUCCAUAGAUGCAGCAAACAGUCUGCAACAUUACUUGAUUAUAUAGAUUCUAACUGGGCCGAAGUAAGCAAGAAAUUGAGGCAAAAAUCAUUAAAAAUGUCUGUCCUACAAUACAAAGAAGUUUGUGGCGAAGCCUUGAAAGGCAAGAAGAAAGAUGAGACUGUUGUUAGAACGAAUAAGAUAUGCCAGGAUAUUCUAGACAGAAUGACGAGCACUAGAAGGUUCCCUUGGAUCUGGGCCAGCUUUUUCUUGCUGGUUGGCAUCGCGGGGCUGGUCUCCUACGAUGUAUCCCGCUCCGGUGGCAACUUCCCCAAGAGUACAACGGGCCGUCUGUUAAACGACCUAGGUGUUCUAGAGCACAGUCAACGCGCAUGGCAGAAGUCCUUGUCAACAUCAGCCCGAGGCUACCUCUGGUUGGAAACCAACGCUCCAGUCUACUACACUCUUACAGUUGAAACCUGCACCCCUUACGUACUGCUAUCCAGAGAGUUCGCCUACGUAGCCAUGAAGAAAGUAGGCGUGUUAUACACUAAUACAAAAGACUACGUGGCCGAAAAGACCCCGGUAGUUGUGGCCACUAUAGAACAGUAUGCACCAGGCCUAGUGGAUAACGUGCAAAGUUACACAGCGAGCGGGCUCGAAGCUGUCAAGAAGUAUUCCAACGAUUACUACCAGCUUACCAUGGAGUAUUUGAAGACUAAAGUGUUUGUAGGGGAGUGGGCACCAGAAAUCCUUCAAAACAAGACUGAGUCCGCUCUAAAUGUCACUCGGACCCAUGUGUCAACAUACUUCCACUGGUUCCGGGAGCAAGUCCACAUCUACUCCAAGAUACCCUGAAGAGUAACUCUUCACCAUAGUGAUAACUGUGCUACACAGACAGAGGACUGAGUUUUCGUAUUAUUUGUGCUUGUUUUCAUCAUCACUCGUGAUGUAAUCCAACCUCUCCUGCAAAAUCUAGAAUAACUUUUACUAAUGGGCCGAAUUAAAGUUUUUAUAAACCAUGGUACAGCUAUAUAAAAAUGAACGUUCCACGCGCACAAGAAUAUAGCAUUGUCCACAUCUGUAUCUACGGUUAAAUGACAAUAAACAAUCAUUCGGUCUGUAUAAUAUCUCUACUAAGUUUAUUUCUGUAAGUCUACAAUAUAUUUAAAAAAUCCUGUUCACUUGCACAAAACGAAACACAGUCCUCUGCCUGAAUGUGUCCUUAUCAAAUCUGUUUUUUAUUUUAUUUUCUGUUUCCUUUAUUAAGAAAAAUUAAAAUCGAGUACAAUCCACACAGUUGGCGACUGUAACAACGAACGAAACUAUUUCAUGUUACGAACCAAACUAUUCCUGGCACACAUUGAUUACAGAAGUGUAUAAAGGUAUGUCUUAAGAAUUUAACACCAGCCGUACUUGUUGCCAUCUCAUUGAUCUUGCUACUAGUGCCAACUAAUACGAUUGAUAAAUUAUGAUAAUUAUGUGACAAAUUACGACCACACAAUGUGCGCCAAAAAUAGUUUCUUUCCUAAUCUAUUUUUUUUUUUCAACGUACUUCACUCAAUUUAUUAUGUCAAUGCAAUAAUUAAAUCAUAUCAUUGAAGAAUAUAUUUUUACAACAUAGAAUCCAUGACAAAAUUAAUGAAAUUCGAAGUAUUUAUUUAAAUUAUAAUCCAGUAUUUGAAUACAUUCCCUAUGAUGCAUUUAAAUACAUAAUUAACAGACUGGUGUCAUGUCAUAAUGAUUCAUUUAGUUACCUCUUAUUGUCAUCCAAAUAACUUCAUUGUUCAUUUUAUUGAAUCUUUUAACAAAUUAUAUAAUAGAGGUAUAAGCUUUUUGUAGUAUAUUUAUUUUGUGUUGAGAGAUCGUGUUUUUAAAAGAUGCUUAAAAGAAAUGAGAGGGACAAUUUUGAAAUUGCAUUGUGUAGAUUAUCUGUAAUUUGCCGCCGGAGCGAUAUUCCCCAUGGCAAUUUUUAUUUUGCCAUUUAAAGAUACCUAUAUAGUAGUGUGAUUUUACAUCUUCCACAUGAAAACAGGCCUCUUUCAUUAAUUAACGGGUAACAAUUGUCAUUACUGAGAUAUUUUCAUAAGAAUUAAUUAUGUGAAUCGACGUAACUAGAAAGUCUGUAAGCUAUUUAUUAAUUAUUGAGUGAAUGAAAUUAUGGAUCCGGUGGACAUUAAAAUUUUAAUUUAGAUUUUGUUCCUCUGAAUAAGAUGAUAAAUGUUGUGUUGUACGAAAUAAUUGUAAGAAAUCACAAUUAAAUAUUGUUAGUGAUUUA